GUACGCACAGCUGCGGGCUACGACGUCAGCGUGCGCUCUGUGAGGUCACGAAUUCGCGAGGGUCUCUAUGACGACCGGGCCGGUACUCCGCCUUCUCCCUCCAUCAAGCCGAGGCCGGCAGGGGAGACGACGUUGCCGGUCGCUGGAAGGCGCCGAGUGUGCGGCUGAAUCGCUCUCUGCCUUCCCCGGUGGUGAGGGGGGAGAAGAAGAAGAACAAGAGGAGGAGGGGGAGAAGAAGAAGAAGACCAACCUGUCGUCGCUCCGGCCAACAUGCUGCCGGAUUGCCCACUUUCGCUCCCUCCGCAGUAUUAACCCCUCCUCACCCAGCCCCGUCUCUGUCGUCGCCUUCUAGGCUGUAACCCACGGGCUGGGCCACACCCGUCUGGCAGCAUGCUAAAGAAAGUCCUGCGUCUCUCCAACCGCUCCUUCUUCGCCUUCAUCUUCCUCUUCUCCCUCUCCUCCUCUUGCCUCUAUUUUAUCUAUGUGGCGCCCGGAAUAGCAAAUACCUACCUCUUCAUGAUGCAAGCACGAGGCAAGAUGUUGAGGGAUAAUGUGAGAACUAUUGGCAUCUUGAUUCGAGACCACUAUACAAAAAGGAAUAAUACUCUGAAUGGUACAGAUUAUCUUGAAGGAUAUAAUUCAAGUGAAUACCUUGGUCAGGGUGGAACGUAUCUUCCAGAAGACUUCACUUACUCUCCAGGCUUGCCUUGUCCAGAAAAGCUACCGUCAAUGAAGGGGCUUAUAGAUGUUAACAUGAGCGAAAUCAGCAUGGAAGAAAUCCAGCAUUUAUUUUCAAAAGAUAUAGAUAUAAAAUAUGGAGGUCACUGGAAGCCAGGUGAUUGCAAGCCCCGAUGGAAGGUGGCAAUCCUUAUUCCAUUCCGCAAUCGUCAUGAACAUCUUCCGAUCCUAUUUCGGCAUCUGAUUCCAAUGCUUCAGCGGCAGCAUGUACAGUUUGGUUUCUAUGUUAUUGAGCAGGCUGGUAACUACCCCUUUAAUCGUGCAAUGCUGUUCAACGUUGGUUUUUUGGAGGCUAUCAAAGAUCUAGAUUGGGACUGCCUUAUUUUUCAUGAUGUUGACCACAUACCAGAAAGUGAUCGUAACUAUUAUGGAUGUGGACAGAUGCCACGACAUUUUGCAUCAAAGCUGGACAAGUACAUGUACAUCCUCCCGUACAAUGAAUUCUUUGGUGGAGUUAGUGGUCUAACAGUGGAACAGUUCAGAAAAAUCAAUGGGUUUCCCAAUGCUUUCUGGGGAUGGGGUGGAGAAGAUGAUGACCUUUGGCGAAGAGUUCUUUAUGCAGGAUACAAUGUGACGAGACCAGAAGGAGAUCUGGGAAAGUACAAAUCUAUACCCCAUCAUCAUCGAGGGGAAGUUCAGUUCUUAGGCAGAUAUAAAUUGUUGAGGUACUCUAAAGAACGCCAACCCCUGGAUGGGUUGAACAACUUAAAGUAUACUCCAAAUAUAACUCUCCACUUUUUGUACAAAAACAUAACUGUGAACCUUACACCAGAGUUGGCCCCCGUGGCUGAUGAUUAAAGAGGAUGAGACCACCCUGAAUUUUAACAGCUUCGCUGGAAUAUUGAAUUUCAGCAUAUUUUGUUCUGGCGGUUCAGUGAAAGGCUUUUGAGGGUCUUGAGAAACUGCCAAAGCACCGCGGAUGUGGUUUUUUAAUGACGGCUCAAGUCCUGAAGUUUGAACAGCUGAUUGUUAUCUGCAUGUGUGUGCACUAGCUUUGCUAAUGAGUUCAUCAUGCGUUUUGAGAGAGAGCACUCCAAAUCAUUCAAAAAUCAAGAGGUGCAUACAGCAGGGCUGCUUAUUAUUAGGUCCUGCCAUUCUUGUAUUAGCUUUCUUGUCAUGGUUAGCUGUUCCUGUACAAAGUUAUUAAUGCCAAUGGAAUUCCCAUUUGUAGGUGUUGUAUAACCUAUUGUAAUUUUUAGCUCAAAUGAAGGCUUGUGGUCUACUUCAAAUAAUGCUAUGGAUUUGUAAAUAUACUGUAAAAUUGUGCACUUUGCCACUCUUUUUAUACUAUUGAACUAAUGCAUAUGUGAUGUUCCUUUUAAAAAGGAAGUAUGUAUAUGUAUGUAUUUAACUUGGCAUGUAAGAUCAAAGUGUAUAUAGUCUAAGACACAUCAUUUACUUUCCCUAUGGAAUAGUGGAAAGAAUUCCAGUGUAAUAUCUGGUCUCUGGUAGCUAUUAAUUUACUUGGUUACAGUAGCAGUUUAUAUUACUAAAUCACAUCAUCUAGUUAUGACCCAAAUACUCUUGAAAGUAAUAUUAGUUUAGCCUGAGAUUAAUUUCAGAAUGGAAUGGUGCUCUCCAGAGCAUUUCGUAAAUGGGCAACUGCUUGCAAAAGUCAAAGUGAGGGAGAUGUGUGUUUUUUAAAUCUCUUUAAAGUGGUUGAAAAUAAACUAGUAGCUAAACUAAGAUGUUAUCUUGUAGGGUUUUGUGUGUGCAAACUCUUCAGAAACUGUUAUCAGUUGCCUGAGUAGUUCUAUAGCCACCAUGCUCAUCUGACUCAAAGCAGUGGCAAAUCCGUUACCCUGUGGAUUUCCUGCAUGUUUUCAAGUUUGCUAUUUGUAAGAUCGCAGUCCUCAUUCAGAUGUGGAACUUGAGACCCUGUUUUCUGAUUUUUUUUGUUAACCUUGCAAAGGAAGCAUUAUAAAAUUUAGUGUAUGCCAAUAGAUAUAAAAGCAUGGGUCAAAGCAGAGUAGCUAGGUAUAAUUUUUUAAAAUGUAUUUCAUUGGACCAUUGUAUAUAUGCCAGUACCACUGAAAAGACAGAUUAUUCUGUGAACAUAGAUUUUGGUAAUGUUUUGUUUUUUGAUUUUUUUAAAAAUUGUGAUUUAUAAGCGCUUUAUGAAUCUGCAGUUACAUUGAUUUUAAUCUGAUGGGAUGUUGAUGUAAUUGCUAGACUUCAACACCAAGGGAAGAGAGCAUUUUUGCUCUUCAAAGAGGAUAGUAGUUUUUGAAUUUAAUUUGGUUCAAAAUGGGCUGUUUCACUGAGUAGACUGAAAAGGAAUCCUCAUUUGUGGACUACAGUUCUUUAGUUGUGGAUGAGCCUGGUAUUGUUUAUUUUUUCAUUGUACAUUUGCAGAUCUUUGCUCUAUAACUUUCCACAAUUGCCACUAACCACAGUUGGGAACUUCAGGUGUUUUGGCUUGAGUUGUGUGUUACUGCUGAAUGUAUUUGAAGUGUAUAAACCAGGUACCUUGUAAGGCAUACAAAAUACCUUGCCACAAAUAGUAAGGGAGAAUAGUUUUGUAUAUGGAAAUGUAGAAAGUCUAAGACACAUCGUUUACUUUCCCUACUGUGUAGUGGAAAAAAUUCCAGUAUAUUAUCUGGGUCUCCGAUAGUUAUAAACUUAUCUGGUUACAGUAGGGAUUUGUAUUACUAUAUUACAAACUAGCUAUGACUUGGAAAAGAAAGUGCGUUUCAAAAAAUACAAAUAAUUUAAAAAAAAAGAUGUCCUUGCAGUAAAUUUGGAUGUCAUCCAGCAAGAGGGAGAGAAAGACUUGAGAUGUCAGCAUCAAACAUACUGAGUUGCUGUUACUAGUGACUGCCUUCUGGUCAUUAUGUCAUUGAUGUAUAUUUUGCCUAUUGAUUGCCUUAAUCUUUUUCUGUUCAGUAUUUGCUUAAGUGAACCAUUAAAGCCCUGAUUCAGUACUGAAGAGUGGGGUCCAGAAGAAUUAUUCUGAAAUUAUAUGGGGAAAAUCAAAUGCACUAAUCUUAUUGAGCUUGUUGAGUUUUGUUUAAUCCAGCCAAAGUUAACCUAGAGUUUGAAGUUCCAGCAGUGAUUCUAGAUCAGUUUUGAUUUGAAUUUUACCUAUUUUUUGGGUUUGUUGCCUGUACUCUCCAUUCCUUCCAUUGCUUCCUUUCAAGUGACUUUAGGCAGAGUAACACACUGGUUAAAUCUCUGGAGUUAAAAUCAAAUCCCAGACCAUAAAUUGGUAUAGAGAUCGCUUGGCAACUGGGAAAUUUAAAUUUGAGUAACUUAAUUCAGGAUUUUAUUGAAAUAAAGCCAAUCUUAGGACCAGCAACUUCCAUAUUGUCCUUAAAAGCUGAUUUGAUAUAUUAAAGCAUUGCAAAGUAUGAUAUCUAAAAUCUUUGUAACAUGCAUUCCAGGUCCAUCAGUAUAGUUGAUUCUUAAUUCCCUUUUUGGUUUUGGGAUAACUUGUGGAUGUGUGUUAAAAUGCUGGUAUGAAUGGUAAUGUUCACAUUAUUGGAUGAAUGAGUAAAAAUGUUUAAAUUUUCUCUGUUUCUCAGCAUGAAAUAUAGAGUGUCUGUCACUGUUGUGGAAUAUAAUAUGUAUUAAUCCCACCAACAAUUAGCCUGCUUCAGCUUCUAAGGAAUACUUUUCAUAACUUAUAAUAACCUGACAUUGUGAUUUUUUUUGUAGAUCUGUUUGUAUGUGCUUCUGCAAGUUUUGUUUCUUCAAGAGGGAAGAGACUGCAAAGUAUUUUGCUUCUCAAAGGAAAUGAAGUAUGAAAUUUGUUUUAUUAAUAUAUCUGAUCUUAUCCGAAACAGAUAUUCUCCCUUCCCAGUGAUAAUUCUGUACAUUUACUAGGACAUUUGUUAAGCAAUGGACAAUAAAUUUGACAAGAUCUCAAGUCUUUGGAAUGUAGGAUUCUCCUACAAUGAGGAGUAGUCAGGGUGUCAUUUCUGAGGCAUUCUUUCCCUUUUAGAGCGGAAGGAACACGGACGUGUUAAUUCUAUCUGAUUAUCCUCCUGCCUGGGGAGUUUAAGAUGUGUGGAGGUUUGAUGGGAAGCGGGUGGGCAUCUGAUGAUGUGAUGUACGCAAUUGGUUUAUGCCUCUGAUUAAAAGCCAUGUUAUUAUAUCAAAUGUAACGACUAAAAUAAGACUUGAAAUUUAACCACUUACUAACUGCAAUAUCCAACCACUAUAAAUUAAGCCAAAUAUGUGCAAGUUAGCGCUAUUAUUUUGCUGCCUUAUUUAGCUUUGAAAUUGCACUUUGUCUACUCAUACAUUUGGUUAAAAGUCACUGAAAGAAAUGUCAGGUUAUCCAAAGAGUUAAUAUCUGAAAUCUAGUUGGUUCUGUUGUUUAAAAAAGUAAAAUGAAACCUUUGUGCAGGAUGCAUCCUAAUUUUUGAGAUUUUAUCCUUGUAAAACUUAACCAACAAUGUACAUUUUAAUUUAACCCUCUCCUGUAUCUUUUAUUUUUCAGUAUUAACUGAAAGUAUUGUGCACUUUAACUUUUAUCUAUACAUUAUCUCUUAUAUAUUUGAUAUAUUUAAAUCUAUAUGUAUUGGAUUUUAAAUUGGAGGGGUGUAAACCUCAUUUCAAAACUUAAAAACCUGUAAUAGUGGCAGAAAUUGUUUUCUGUGCAAAAGUCCAUGUUGCUAAUCAUAAUACGUUUAUGUAAGAUGCUAUAAAUCACAUUUACUUUCAAAAAACAUUGGUUUAUAGGCAAAAAUUGAUUGUAGUAUGCUCCAGGAGGAAUGAAAAGGCAUGCUAAUUUGUACAUUGCACAGUCAGCUAAUUGAUUUAAGUAUCUAUUUAGUGACGUUUUGGUAAUAUUUGUACAUUUUGUAUCAUUUUAUGAAAAUAAACAAUACCAGCCUCUAA